AUGGGACAAGCACCAUUUUAUCAAAUAGCAUAUUAUAGUGGUUUACCCACGACCGUAAUAGCAAGUUCUAUAAAUAAAUUAUGCGGAUCUGGUUUAAGAUCGAUAAUAAAUGCAUCACAAACAAUACUUACGCAAACCCAAGAAGUCGUGGCUUGCGGUGGGAUAGAAUCAUUAACCAACGUACCUUUUUUCAUGCGUCGAAAAUGUUUUGAAAUGGGAACGAUACUCGUACCUGACAUAUUAUUUCACGAUGGAUUAAAUGAUUUUUUAGAAGAGGUUGAUGUGACUGCGUAUGCAGAAAUCACAGCACGGGAUUAUAAUAUUGGAAGAAAAGAACAAGACGAAUAUGGGAUUCGUAGUUAUAAUAAAGCAAUGGAAGCAAGAAAAAAAGGUUUUUUUAACGACGAAAUAGAACCUGUCGAAAUACAAAAAAAAGGUGGUAAAACGGAAAUGGUUUGCGACGAUGAAGAAAUAGAUGGUCUAGAUUUGACAAAAUAUUACAAUUUAAAAUCAAUCAAUGGAGAACACGGAACGGUAACCGCCGGAAAUUCAUCGAAUCUUGCUGAUGGAGGAUGCAUGUUGGUACUUGCAAGCGGAAAUUACGUAUUAAAACAAAAUUUAAAACCGUUAGCAAGAGUGGUAUCGUUUGCCGAAGGUUCCCUUGAACCAAAACAAUUUUGCAUAGCACCCGCUGUUGCCAUACCUAAAGCUUUACUAAGAGCAAAUUUAUGUGCAAACGACAUCCAUUUAUGGGAAAUACACGAAACGUUUAGUUUGACUCCAUUAAUUUUAAUAAACAUUUUUAAAUUGGAUCCCGAACGUGUCAACAUACACGGUGGUGGCGUCUCAAUGGGUCAUCCUUUCGGGUAA